AUGCUCUGGGUGCAGCGGAGGCCAGACCCGGCUCUGCUGGGCGGGCACCUGUGCCCAUGUGCCCUGAAGGGGCAGAGCGUGGGCACCUCCCUGAACCCAGCCCUGCCUUGGCGCCCACUGGCAGUGGACAAGCUCCGUGAGCUCAUCGGCCUCACUCAGCCUUCCAAGCAGCUCCUCAACCAAGCCUACAUGGACCCCGUCAGCUGGCCUGUGGUCCGCACCAGGGCCGGGGCUGGCCAGGAGAGCUGGAGCCUCGCAGGGGACGGUGAAACCUUCGGCAAGCCCCCUCCUCGACCUCAGCUGCCUUUCGUCCUCCCCGCCCACGGGAGCUGGAGCCUGGCUGCCUCCGAGGACAAGCAUCCAACAGCCCUGGGCAGUUGUGGCUUCUGGGCAUGUCUCCAGGACAACGCGAAGAGCAACCUCGGAUCCGGGUUCGCCCGGUGGGCCCCCUUGUCGCGGCCAAUCGUCCUGCCCGGCUCGGCUGCGCUCCGCGGGGACCCAGGACCUUCGCCGCAGCGGUUGCCCGGGCGCGGGCCGCGCAGGCACUUGUUAGAGCGCCCGGCUUGCUCGGCUGCCCAGCUCUUCCCAGCUUUCUUUCACAAUGACUUCCUGAAGUUGCUCACUCGCAUUGUUCCCCAUUUCUCCGCCGCGAUCCCCACCCCCAGCCGGCCGCCACCCGGCUUUCGCGCUCGCGGCCGGUCUGCCCGUCCCGCGUGCACAGCGCCGCCCACGGGCUGCGCACCUGUGCCCCGCGCCGCGCCCCCGCGAGCCAGCGCUCAGUCACCUGCGGCCGCUUGCUCCGAGCGCCCGGGCCCGAGCGCGCGCCCGUUACCCGCGCUCCGCAAACUUUGUGGCUGCGCGCCACACCGGUCCCGGCGCGCCCUGCCCCGCCGCUGCCUCGCCCCGCGUGCACGCUCCGGCACCAAACGGGACAGAAGCGAGGAGGGGCGUGGCGCGAGCAGGACUAGGACAGGGACUGAGACAGGGAGCGGGACUGGACGCGGAGCCCGGCACGGUGCGGGACUCCGAGCGGGACUUGGAGAGGGAUUCGGGUCGGGGCGCGGCGCCCCAGCCGCCCGUCGCUCGCUCACACGGCGCCGUCCCGAGCGCAACUCCCGGGCAGCGUCCGCAAACUUUGGCACCGCGCGGGGCUGGACCCUGCCCCACCAGAACACUGGCGAACAGGGAAGCGGCAGGCACGGGCCGUACCUGCUGGCGCCGCCGCCCGCUGCAUCCCGCUCGCCGGCACUGGGCCCGCUGGGCGCGCCGCCGCCACCCCGCGCGCUGCGCGCCCCGGCCCUCCCCGCGCCGCCGUGCUUCCUCAUCCCACCGCUGCCCGGCAAGGCCAGAGGGUCCGCCACCGCGCCGCAGGACCCGCGCUUAACCCCUGGGGGUGCGGCGCGGAUGGCGGGUGGGGGGCUGCUGGUCCUGGGGCUUCCUCCCGGGGACCCGCAGCCUUGCGCCCCGGGCCGCUCGUCGGGGCACCCGCGUGCUCGCCCUACCCCGGGACUCGGAACCCAGUGAAGCACUUUUCCACUGCCCGCCCGGCUUCGCUUCCCUCCAGCUGGGCCCACUUGGCUCCCUGGUUCUGGCUGCGACCCCAGUUUAUGAGUGCCCACCCGAGGGGGUGGGAAAAGUUGAUCCUUCGCAAGUGAGGGGAAGGUGCGAUUCAUUUUCCCAGACAACCAAUGGAAUACCUCUCGCCUCUCUUCCCUCCCACCCGCUGGAGGCAGAAGUCAGGACCGCGCCUUCAGGCUUGGCCUGUGUGCACACGCGAGUGUGAAGGGGCGGCGGCGGUGGAGCGGGCACGGAAGGCAGAACUGUACCCCUGCUCCUGGUCUCUCUGCGCCUCAGCCUCGCCCUCCGAGGGCCCCGAAACACGAGUGUGAGGCGCUGUGUGUCAAUUCAAACAGGAACGGCAGCUCUGAGGCUCACCUCUGCGCCCCCCGCGAAGCAUCCAUCAUUCUGAUUAGUCAGGCCCCCCGACAGGAGCCUGGCGAGAGUGUUCAGCCUGAGUAGAAGAGUCAUGAAUCCAACAGAUUCGUCCUGAGUGCCACCACCCCCUCCCCCAGGCGCCGCCUUAGGAACUGAGUGGCAAGAGCCAAGGUCUCGGCCCUUCAAGACUUGCGGGGACACAAAGCGAAGAUAAAUGCUGAGGCAUCCCUAACAGCAGGAGAGACACACCCGGUCUUUCCGUGGGAAGAGCAAGAAAGGGCGCUGUGGCCCCGAGAAAGGGGCCGGGCCGGCCUUCCAAGUGGGGCGAAGGGAAUGUGCAGCUGAGCGAGGCCAGGGAAGCCUGAGGGGCAUAUAAGGAGGCUGCUGGUGGCAGGGCUAGGGGCCCUGUUGACCACCUUGGCCUCUGCCAUUCCUGGAUGAAGUCUUUGAGCUACAAACAACUUCUACUGAACUCUUCCUCGACCGCUUCAGCAAGAACACUGCUCAGUUCCUCCUGAAAUUCCCCUGUGCUGAACGGAGCCAGUUAACUCCCCGCUUAAAGCCCAGGGGAGGUGGGAUUUAAAGCCCACCUUAAUUCCUAGUCCUUCCCUUACCUGUAUGACUUCCGACAAGUUAUUGAAACUCUGUGAUUGUAGUCUUUUUUACGUGCAAGAGAAAUCUACUUUAUCCUAAAGAGUCCUUAUCAGGAUUAAAUGAGACAAUAAACGCUGCGGGGCCCCAGAGGAGACAUGAUGCAGUGAAGGGGUCCUGACGCACCUCCAGGUCUUGAAUGAGUGUGGCACUCAUCUCUUUAAACGUGUGCCGUGGUCCCCAGGAGUGCAUGUCAAGGACUACCAGGCUCACCCUCAUCCAACCAAUGCAAAGCACAUCCUGAAGCAGUAGAGCAUGAGGCUAGGAACGCAGACGGUUUGACCGUGUGAUCUUGGCCCAGGUCCUCAACCUCUCUGAGCCUCAGUUUCCCCAUCUAUACAUUGAUGCUCCAUGCCCCUUGCCCACUGGUCUCCAGCCACUUUGCUCUGCUGCUCCUCAAGCAUCCAGACCAGCUCCCUGUCCUCUGGGUGCCUGCCUGCCUGCCCUCCUACCUUCAGAUCUUUGCUCCGACAUCAUCUUGGCUCAGAGACCGUCACUUCUACCCUCUAUAAGGUGGUGUUGAGCAUUUUGAAGGCUUGGAAGAAAUGCUACCUUGUGGAAAUAUGCCCACCAGUGGAAAACACUGCUGCCCACCGUGAUGAUACCAUUUUACUCUCCGAGUAUAUUUUUUCAUCUAAGGCUUGGCAAGCUGGUUGACGUAGAAAGGCUGAUGGGAUUUAUUUCUUGCUCUGCUUCCUCUUGAUUAAGUUGACAACUUUUUUUUUUAAUUUAAUUUUUUGACCGCACUGUGCAGUAUUUGCGGUCUUAGCGCCUUGCUCAGGGUUCAACCCCAUGCUCCCUCCAGGGGAAGCUCAGAGUCUUUACUGGACCACCAGGGAAGUCUGUCCCCUUGAUCAAGUUAGACAGAGAAGCACCCACAGUCACCGCUUAUGGAGUUACCAAAGCUCAGCCCCCACAGCCUUGGAGUGAUAACCAACAAUACAUUCGGGAGAGUGUACUACAUGCCUAGCUUCCUCCAGGAUAGGCUUGCACCAGAAUUACUUCCUAGAUAUAAUAAAUUUAGGAGCUUCCCAGAGUGGAACUGACAGCAGAGGCAAAAACUGUCAACCCAUCUCCCCCCAUGGUGACGGAAAACUUCACGUUUUCCCAGCAGUGCAUUAGGCAGCUCGGAGACCUUAUCUCAUCCAACAGACCUGUAUCUGAUGCCAUCUUCCUGAUGUCCAUGAUGAGAGACUUCUACAAUUGCAGUUGAUGGGACCCCAGAUGGAACAAGUUAUCUUUAAAGUCCCUUGAAUUAGCUUGACCAUGGUGGCCAACCCUGUCCAGGUGAUUUUAGGCUCUGGACAAGAAGAGAUACUUGAGAGAAGCAUCAUUGGUCUUCUGAGCUUUGGCAUAGGUUGGGUAGGUGGAGAGUGUCACCAGCCAGGGACUGUGUGGUUUGGUUGGGUAGGUGAAGAGUGUCACUCACAUGAGUCAGGAGACCUGGCUCUGGCCAUGAUUCUCUCUCCAGCCUCAAGUAAGUCAUUCAGGUCAUCUUCCUAUGUUCUGGGCCCUUCAUUCGUAAGAUUGGAGUGGUUGACACUUCUUCAGUCUCCCUUAAUGAUCCUCCAUGACCGAUUUAGGUUUGGGAGAGUUUUCCUGUGGGCUUGCACAGACCUGAGAAGAACCUAGGAGAAUGACUCUGCAGGUUCUUGGCCCCUGAUCUCUAAGUCUGUCCCCCACCCCUGUCUUGCACUGCCUUCACAGAAGGUCCCGGGCAUUGAGGGCUAGCACUGCUAAAAGCAAUUAGAACUUAUCACACCCUGAAACAUGCACAAACGCAACCACUCUCUCCAUCACCUGCUAACCUACACAGACUGAACUCCUUCAGCCAAGCCUGGAUGGUGUGACUUCAGGACUGUGUGAGCAGAAGUGAAGAAGUAGACAGUUCUCUUACCUGAAGUGUUAUUAAGACAGAUGUGUGCUGGAGAGAAAGAUCCCCCAGCCUGUGCAGUGCCCUCACAGAGGCUGGGUGUUUCUUGCUUGCAGCAGGAUCUUCCUGGGAAAGUCCUCCUGAGUAAAAGGAGAGAGGUGGCUGGUAAAGACAGAACUCUCAGGAAAGGCUUCCUCCUGCAUAUGCAAGGGGGAGGUUUAAGGAGGAUGAGUUAACAUCAGACUGAAGUCAGUGUAUUGAUCUGGGGGAAUUCUACACUCUACUGUGAGUUAGGCAGUCAGUAAAUAGGAAAUACUUUGGGGAAAACCCAUAACUUCUCCCAAAUGCCUGUGUGAAUGCCUACAAUGUGGAAAUUAGCAGGGAGACCCUGAGAUCUCAGCACAUGCUCUCACUGCAGCUAGAACUAUUGAGCAGAAACUGAAGAGAGGCCAUGAAGGUCAGAACUACAGCUGCCUGUAGGCUCAAAGGCCUCCGAUCAUUUGAUGCUCAGGAAAGAGAUUGUGAUGACUGUGUAGAGAACAUCUGAGUGGAGCAAAAAUUCUUUGUAGGAAAGGAGAGUCUGCUAAGAAUGAUAGAAAUGUGCAAGAAAGAAUGCAAAGUAAAUAGAUGAGAUUGUCUCCAGUGAAAUAGGCAAAACAGCCUUAGGAAAAUGACCUGGGGCUGGUAUUUUGAAUUGAAGAUGUAUCAUCCAAAAUGAUUUCACAUUGGGAAAAUGGCUUAUAGUUAUGUGCCAAAAUGUCCUUAUCAAUUAGAGGUGCCUACUGGUGUAUUUAUGGGUAAGAUGAGCCAUGCUUUAAAAUACUCCAGCAAAACAACAAUUAUAAAUCAAUAAAAGCAGUUGAGGAGUAGAACCAGGUUGGUAAUAUCUUUGAUAACUGUUGAUGAGGGUGAUGGACAUAUAGGGAUUCAUUGUAUGAUUAUUUUCAUAUAUAUUUGAAAAUUUUGUGAUAAUAUUUCUUAAAAAAGGAAGAAAAAUGGUGAGGAGACCACUAUUUAAAUCCAAAUGAUAUUUUGAGAUCGUAUUUGCAAUGAAUAUGGAAAAAGGUCUCUGUAUCAGUCGGUUCAGUCACUCAGUCGUGUCUGACUCUUUGGACCCCAUGGACUGCAGGAUGCCAGGCUUCCCUUUCCAUCACCAACUCCUGGAGCUUGCUCAAACUCAUGUCCUUUG